AUGAAGUGUAUCGCUUUCGUCUACGCUUUUAUGUUAGCAUCAGGGUGCUGCAGCGUCUCUGGAUGGAGUUUUUCAAGUUCAAAAUUCAAAGAGGUAGUAUAUCUCGAGACUCAUGUGUAUGCCGACAACGGUUAUCUGAAGUACUACCAUGGUGACAAAAGAAGUGCGACGAAAUACAUUGUCAAGUUUUGGAACUCGGUUGAACUACGAUUCUCGAAUAUCAUUGUUCCACUCAGGCUUCCUCUCGUGAGUGUCACCUUCUUGAAUGAGAGUGACGACCAAAAUGUUUUCGGCAACGAAAACAAUAUGGCGAAUGUCACUUCAAGUAUCUUAAACUUCAAGAAUCUCUUGAAGUCUCGCGGGCACACAGCGACGUCUGACCUCGUGUACAUGCUUACAUCAAGAUCACUUUAUUGGACGCCACACAGAACCCACGCAGCAGGUGGGAGUUUGAUUGACAACGGAUUUUGCACAGAGAAUAAUAUUGCUAUGGGCAUUGACAAGCCAGGAAAAUAUACAGGAUAUCUCUGGGCCGUCAGACACCUUGCAAAAGUCAUUGGAGCCCGUGAUGAUGGGAGAAAUGGAAACGAGUGUCACGCUUCUGGUGGGUACCUCAUGGCAAACACAGAUAAGGGCUAUACCUUCAACCAGUUUUCUUCGUGCUCAGAAGAGGACAUCAAAAGGAGCUUAUUUCGGAUCAAUCCGCGCAGGUCUCCUUCGUGCUUGGCACGAAAUUUCUCGCUUCGAGAUGUUAGGCAAGAUUUCUUGAACGAAACACUCGGUGUGGCUGCAGAGUCUCUGUCUCUGAGAUCUCGGUGUCAAGCGUACUUUGGAGAGGACAAGUGGAGCUGUCGAGAGCGUUAUACAUCAUGCGGAACGACAUGUUGUACACAAGGAGGAUGGUAUGACGUAACUUGGCCCGCCAUAGGGUAUUUACCAACUGCCGAUGGACAAUCUUGCUAUGAUGACAAGUCGAGAUGUUUCAACGGGAUAUGCCUAGACUUGCCCGGGUACUCAAAAUCCAGGGAGGAGAGCGACAGAAAACUGAGGGAAUGGUUAAAAGCAGAUGCAGAACUUCAAAAUCAGCAGAAGACGGUUCAAUAA